AUGAGCUCAGCUCUAGAUCUUGAUGGCUCUUCCAAGGGCACCGUGCUCAACGGCCCUUGCGACUGGAAACAAUGGAUUUCUAUCAUCAAGAAAUUCGCCACGUCCCACAGUCUUUGGGACUUUCUGGACCCUGCCGUCAAGGAGGGUAAGCCGGUUCUUCAGCAGCCAGUUGAACCAACAUUCCGACAAAUCAACCACGAAGCAUCUGAUCUCGUGGAUCUGACCUCGGAGGAAUUUCGCCGUCUCGAAUUCCUCCACACCCAAUACCGCUCGAAGCUUCAAGGGUAUAGGGAUCAAGUGAAGGCACUCGCCAGCCUUCAACAACACAUCGUCAAGACCAUCGGCAACUACUACAGCACCAUUGCCGAGGAACACGACGUUGCAAAGCAACUUGCCUUGCUUCAGGCUCGGCUUCCUGAUGUCCAGGACCUUCGCCCUACCCAAGAUUUCCUACAGGCUGUUUCGUCCAUCAACGCCCCAUUCACAGACUAUUGGGUCAACAAAAUGGAAGACGAGGCCGUAUUCGGCAAGCCUGAUUGGAAGACCGACUUCCCGGACGGCAUUAAGAUCAGUGAGAUCUUUGAACGAGCUCACCGAAUCAAGGCCGCCAACAACAGCAAAGGAUCAUUCGGAGCUGCCUUCCAAGGCAAGGGAGAGAAAUCGGAGAGGAAAGAGGACAAGCCUAAGUGGUCUUCAAGCAAGAACGCUGAUGGUGUUCCUAUGUGUGUCUGCGGAGAAUAUCACCGCUUCGUAGAUUGCUUCUAUCUCAUCAAAUCAGCUCGGCCUGAUGGCUGGACUCCUGAUCAGAAGGUUGAGAAGAAGAUCAAGGAAAUCCUCGACUCCAAUCCAUGGGCAAAGAAGAUGACGGAGAAAGCACAAGACUUCAAGAAGAAGGAAAUGGAGAAAUCGUCCGACUCCUCCGUUAAAGUCUACCCGCUGUAUGACUCCUUUAUCCUUGAUUCCGGAUCAGACACACACAUUUGCAACAACCGAUCCUGUUUUCUUGACUACACCGCCCUUGCAGAGCCAGAAGAGCUCUUUGCAGGCGAUAGUCAACUUCAGAUCCUUGGCUACGGCACAGUCCGUAUGAAGCUUGAAGAAGGAGGACUUUUUCAGCUCAACGAAGUUGCCUUCGUGCCAAAAUUCCACACCAACAUCGCAUCCCUCGACCGCUUUCUUGCGAAGGGAUACAACUGGAAUCCACUAUCUGGACGCGUCUCUAAAGACGAUCAGAUUAUAUUUCAUACGAAACGCCGCUUUCGUCAACCGGUCAUCGAGUUCAACCCGAUUAAGGAGGACUCUCACGCCUCCAACUUCACAUCUUCAUCUGCACCUCGCGCAGUGAAAACAGCAGAUGCUACGCUUUGGCAUAAGCGCCUAGGUCACUUGAACGCUCAAGCCCUAGAGCAUCUUGUUGAGAACACGACGGGUUCGAAGAUCAAAGGCCCAGUUACCAUCGAUUGCACCGCGUGUUCCCUUGGGAAGGGAAAGAAGGUCGUCUCGCCGAACCCUCAAAACCGAGCCCCAGACCAUUCUGGAGAAUCUACGUUGAUAUCUUCAGUAUGA